CAAAUAUAUAUUUUUAACAUCUAUGUAAAAUUAUUGUGUACAUAUAUUCUCGUGAUAAACAACAAUACAUGUAUGUAGUCGGUGUACUCAAGUGCCACUUCUCCUAUUGCAAGUGAACGCAGCAUGGGGGUGACGUCAAGUUUAAAGGGAGGGCCUCAAACGCCCUCCCAUCAGUGGGUGCAGCCAAACUGACAUACAGAGCAGAACCUGACCCUUUCUGCCGAACAGGGAAGUGAAGUCGACUGACUUUAAGUCCGGCUAAACAUCAGUAAUUGUUUAUUACAUUCGUCUGUUUUAAAUAUACUUUAAAUUUCCCUGUUGAGCACUGGGGAGGGUGAGGGAAGGGCGCGCCUGGGAAAGACGACUUGAGACAACAGACCCUGCUUCAUCCAGCAUCCAUCUCCUUGAACAAAUCAUCAUGAGCAAGGCUGUGGAACCACAGGCAAACCGUGUCAUGGACCUCGGGGAGUGGAAUCAGUUCUGGCACGACGACCAUAUUGGCUUCCACAUGCCUGAAGUGCACAUGAUGUUGAAGAAAUACCUGGACCAACUUCUGGCAGGACGGACUAAGGUUCGCUUCUUCUUCCCGCUCUGUGGAAAGGCGGUUGACAUGAAGUGGCUGGCAGACAUGGGUCAUCCGGUGGUCGGCGUGGAGAUCUCAGAGAAGGCCGUGCGACAGUUUUUUGAGGAGAACAACCUGCCAUACACCGAAGAGGCAGUUCCUGCUAUUCCUGGAGCCAAAGUCUUCAAGAACUCAGAGAAGAACAUCUCUCUGUAUCAGUGUGACCUGUACGACUUCACCAGUUUGGUCGAGGGUCAGUUUGGGGCAAUUUGGGACAGAGGGUCGAUGGUGGCCAUCAACCCGAGAGACAGAGAAAAAUACGCUGCUCUCAUGAUGUCCCUGAUGGCCGAUGACUGCAGAUUCCUGCUGGACACUCUCAUCUACAACAGUGCCUUGUAUGAAGGUCCUCCGUUUCUGGUGCCCGAUGAGGAAGUCCAUGCCUUGUUUGGGGGGCGCUGUGAUGUCAAGCAUCUGCAGUCAGAGGACAUCAUGUCAGACCUUUGGAAAUCUUUGGGUUUGGAUUCUAUGACUGAGCACGUCAUCCUCAUCGCACCGAAGAGGAGCUGAUGCAUCAUAAGGAGUUCUGAAAAGGCACUGGAUAAACAAUUCACAGUUAAUUAAACAACUUGUUCAACAGUCGCUUCGUUUUGUUCAUACAUGAAGUGGAUUCUUGUUAUACACAAAUGUGUUUUUUUCAUUUAAAAAAUAGUACAUGUGUUUGUUCCAUUGUUGUUGCUUUUGACAAAAAUGUAUAAAAAAAUGAAUGAUUUUUUUUAGCAACUUUGUGUAAGAAAUG